ACUCCCGCUCGAUGUCCUCUGCCUGCCUGAGCUCCCAGACUCGCCAUGGACCUGGACGAUUCGCCUUGGGGCGAGAAUGUCAAGUCUGUGCAAGACUCUGAAUGGUCAAAGCUCUCCUCCGACUUCGUCAACGCUGGCUACCGCGAGGGCAUCACGGCCGGGAAGGAGGGUGCGCUUCAGGAAGGCUUCGAUGAGGGCUUUGCACAGACCGGUGCGCCUCUUGGUCGAAACCUGGGGAUGCUGCGCGGCUUUUCUUCUGCCCUUGCCUCCUUCCUCGCCUCGACGUCGGCACAAGAGCAUACGGAGCGCGACCAGCUGCUGAACGAAGCCCGCACGAUCUCUUCAGCGCUGUCAGACGUUCGCUUCUCCGACAUAGACCCUCCAGACACGCAGGCUAUGGAGCACGCGAAGGAACACAUGGAGGACGCAGAAGAUGUUGUGGCUUCGGAGGAGUUGCAGGAGAAGCGAGAUAUGGAGAGCUUGGAGGACCUAAUGGACCGCAUGGGUGCAACGCCCUCAGCAAAGCAGGCAAAUCGACCCACCCCAGAAGACGUCGCGCAGCUCGAACAGCGUCUGCAUACCCUCGCUCAAACGUUGGGUCUGACCCUGCCUUCAAGAUAGCAAGCUUCACCGCGCGCUCUCAUUGCACCUCUAUCCAUCGUGGACGCAGCCUCCUACAGCUCGCUCGCUCGCUCGCUGGCUGAACGCUGCGUUGCCGCGUGAAAUCGUAACACAUCCCCGUCCAAUCCGUGUCAUGCGGUCUCAUGGCGGGUAUCUUUACCUCCAAAGCAUUGCACUCGAACACAGCCGCCGCACGUUUUUGGAGCAGGGAACCAGUGUUGGUAUUAAGACAACAGAACUAUGCGGAUGUAUCAAGACAGGGGAAGAGAUUGCUACGGAAAACUAUAAGAAGCUACUUAAAUGUAAAGUCUAGUGGAGUGACGGUGAAUGUACUGAAUACACUGGAAUAAACUGAGCACAAGGUCUUAAAAGGAGUGAUAAUUUAGCGCAGCAUCAAGAAAUAAGGUCCCUGCGGUAGCUGCGACGAGUCGUACAAGUUCAUAAGAGAUACAGACAAGCGGGCGGAGGGGGCUACAUGCGGCCGCCGGAGGGAAUAUGAAGUGGCGUGAUCAGUUCGGGAGGAGAGAUAGUGGGAUGCGGAGGGGAGUGCGGCGGGCUUUGAGGUGAAUUUGAAGCGAAGGACUGGAAGGACGAAGAAGACGCAUGUCGAUGCUGGGCGGCAAGGUCAGUCAAUAACAAGACACCCA